GCUUAAUUUUAUUUAGAACUUACGUUUUUAAAAGUUACUUCAUGUUUAACAAAAAAUAUUUUUGCAUUACCGAAAUCUCUAAUGAGGCCUUAAUAUCAUAAAAUAGAAAAUUUAGGUUCGCCCUAAAAUUCGAAAUGAAAGGAAAAACUUAAUGUUAACAUGUAAAUUAAUACCAUUAAAUAGAAAUUUUUAGGUUGAUUAUAAAAUUUAAAUCAAAGGAAAACUUAACAUGAACACGAGAUUUGACUUGUUAGACCCCAUGCAAAACAAUCAUCAACCCACAUAUAAAUUGAAAUGUUGGAGCAAUUAAUUAAAAAUAUUUUCUUGUGUAGUAAGUUAGAUAGUAGAAGAGAGUAAUAUUUUGCUUAGAUUUGAAUGGACAUAUGUUGGUGGUUGCAAUAAUGGUAAAUAAAGCAAUUUUGUUGGGAGCAACUUGCUAAUCUUGAGACCAUACAACUCAUCCUUCUCACAAGGACUCGCUCAAUAGUCAAUGGCUAUUAUCCCUACCAUGGACAACGAACCAACAUCUCCACCUCAACCCCCACAUGCUAAAUUAAGACCCCUCAUUUCUCAGCUCCCAAACACACAUUUCCUCCUUUUUUUCCCUCCCCCAUAUAUCUCAAAGCAUUACUAACUAGAACAAAAGAGAAGAAACAGGGAAAAAAGAGCAACAAAAAAUCCCAAGUGCUAAAGCUCUUCAAGGCCGGAAUAUCAAUCUCCGGCCAACCAACACGGCUAUUGCCUUCUACCCCGGCAAUGUCGACAACCUCCGUCCAUCACACACACCCAGAUGCCUACGCCCCGCCCAUAACUGUAAUCCUAACUGUCGUUCUUCUCGUCUUCUUCUUUCUUGGUUUUUUCUCUGUAUACUUUUGUAGGUGUUUCAUGGGAAACCUCUCCCAUACAUGGCUAGGCCGAAGUCCUUCUGGCACGCAUGGACCGGGCGGCUCUUCUGCUGUCCAUGGCCUCGAUCCUUCUAUUAUAGAUUCAUUUCCCACUUUUGUAUAUUCAACAGUUAAAGACUAUCGGGAACAAAAGUAUGGCCUAGAAUGCGCCAUUUGCCUGUCCGAAUUCGAGGAUGACGAUAUGCUUCGCCUUUUGACAGUGUGCUACCAUGUUUUUCAUCAUGAUUGCAUUGACCUUUGGCUUGGAUCCCAUAACACAUGUCCGGUUUGUCGUAGGAGCCUGGAUGUGCCAUUGAAGUCGCUAGAAAAGUCCCCGGCUAACAAUAAUACCAUGCAGGACAUUGAUGAGAAUGAGUCACUGGACGAUGAGUGUAGCAUUGCGAUUAAGGACGGAGACGAGGAAUGGAGAGGAGGAAGCAGCACAGGAGGAGCUACCAAUGCCCACGGUUUACAAAUUGUGGAGAAUAAGGAGGGGAAGUUUUCAAGGUCACAUUCCACCGGGCAUUCCAUAGCUUGGACAAAAGGAGAGGAGGAUAAACAUACAUUGAUAUUGCCUGAACAUGUGAAAGCCAAGAUUACAAGGGGACAUAAUUGGAGUUGCACCACAUUUGGUGACUACUCCGGCUAUAGGAACAAAGGUAAAGGUGGCGUUGGUGAGGUUUCAGGAUUUUCAGGCAGCAACGAGGACAAUGUAUAAAUUUUUUCCCUUUUUCUUUCCUCAUUUGUUUUUUUUGGUUUCUUUAGCACAAGAGAUAUUAAGGAAAGUAGUAGAUGAAUUCAUCAUCUCUUGUUUUGCUUUUAAAGUUAAGUAGGAACCGUUAGCAUAGCUUGUUAAAAACACUAAAAUUUGAGGAUUAAUUCAGUUACGGAUUUUAUUUUA